GGCCCGUUACCAGCUCCGCGGGUGGUGGGGGGGUCCGCGCCAGGCCCCGCUCUGCCCCGCCGCGACAGUGGGGAGGACCAUGCGGCCGCCGAGCGGCAUCGACCCGGGCUCCGUGUGGGCGCAGCGCCUCCGGCAGCUGGAGCGGCGCUUGCGAACCAAAGAAGAAAGAAUAGUUGUCCUGGAAACUGAAAAUGCUGCUCUUCAUCUAAAGCUUGCAGAGUAUCAAGGGUUUGCUAGAAGAAGCACUAAUGAAGUAUUGCAGCUCUACUCUGCUCAUGGCCAGCAGCAGAAAUUGCAGAGGAGUUCUGUUGUAACCCAGCUCCGUGGAUCAAUAAAGAGACUUAAGCAAGACCUGAAGAGCCUCCGUUCAUUUGCUCUUGAGCUUUCAAAAGACUUUCAGCGUCAAAGCAAGACUUAUCUUUACCAAGUUUUGACAGCAGUCCAAGAGAUACAGCUGCAAAAUGAAGCACUGCAAAUGUUUCAGAUAAAAGCUUUUGAUCUUGAGCAGUCUCUACAAGAGGUGACAGAGAGAUAUGAGAAAGAAAAGCAAAAGAGGAGAGCUCUACAUAACAGCUUAGUCGAACUGAGAGGAAAUAUCAGAGUCCACUGCAGAAUCCGACCAUUACUACCUUUUGACACUGCUGCUGGACAUUCGAUAUCACAAGAUAGGCAAAGAAGCUUUUCAGAAAAAGUGGCAUAUGCAGUUGAUGAUGAAACUGUCCUUGUAAAGUGUAGCCGUCCUGGUCAUGCAUCAAUAAACAAGACUUUUCAGUUUGAGAGAGUUUACAGUGCUUCGGAGUCUCAAGACGCAGUAUUUGCAGAUGUGGCCCCUUUGCUAACAUCUCUUCUAGAUGGGUACAAUGUGUGUAUCAUGGCUUAUGGACAAACUGGAAGUGGGAAGACAUACACAAUGUUGGGACCACAGUUAGAGGAGAACUUCGCAUUCUCCUUGGAAGAUGAAUUGGAACUUGGAAUUAUUCCUCGAGCUGCCCAAGAAGUGUUCAGGCUUAUUUCUGAAAAGCCACCAGGAAGUUACUGGGUUGAGGUUUCUGUUGUAGAAGUGUAUAAUAAUGAAAUUUUUGAUCUUCUGGCUAAAGACAGUUGUGGAAAAGUAUUUGGCGUCAAACGCGAUGUUGUCACAACCAGAGAAGGAAAGAACGACGUGCCAUUGCUUACACAUGAGACUGUUGAAAAUGCAUCUGAAUUUUUGCAUCUAGUCAAUAGAGGCCUACAGCUGAGAGUCAGGCACCCAACACUGGUGCACGCUCAUUCCUCUCGUUCUCAUCUGGUAGUUACAUUGACCAUAACCACAAUUAUCUCUGAAGAUAACUGUGGUACUUCAUGGGAAGAUGAACAAACCAGUCAGAGACUAAAUAAGGAGGUUUCCUGCACCUUUCCACAAAAAAUGAGAGACAAUAAAUCCACCUCUUCUUCCAGAGCCUCUUCACCAGCACAACUUGAAGCCACUGAGAAACUGAAGCAAGUCAAAACUAGACUGCAGCUGGUGGAUCUGGCUGGUAGCGAAUGUGUCGGUAUGUCUGGAGUGACAGGUGCAGUGCUGAGGGAGACGUCAUUUAUUAACCGCAGCUUGUCUGCCCUAGCAGACGUUCUUGGAGCAAUAGCAGAACAGCGAUCUCAUGUACCAUAUCGGAACAGCAAACUAACACGUUUGCUUCAGGACUCCAUAGGAGGUGAUGCUAAACUGCUGGUGAUGCUGUGCAUAUCUCCUGACCAGAAGUACUUAACGGAAUCAAUGCAGUCUCUGGGCUUUGGAACUCGUGCUCGGCAAGUUCAGAGAGGACAAGUCAAGAAAAAAAAUUUCCCAGUGCCGAGUAAAGCAAAAUAAAACCCAAGACUCCUGUGGAUUAGAGUAUUAUUAAUGAGUUCCUCAGACUGAAAUGUAUAUUGUUGUCCUAAAGCCAUUCUUUUAGAUAUCAACUGCCAGAUAAAAUAAACAAUCCUCAACGUGGCAUUAGUGAGCCAUAAACCUGCUGAUAAUGUUCUUGCUCCAAAGAUAAUAGCAAGUAUUGACAACAGCUACCAACCAUGGUGGAAUGACAUAGAAAUAAAUCAGGCUUUUUUAGGAAAGCUAAUUCAAGACAUGGUUUUGGUGUGUUUCCUUUGGGCAAGUAGAACUAAGUCAACAGAACCCUGAUUCAGGAUGGCUCACUGCUGAAAGGCCAAGGGUGCAUUCUGUUUUCUCGGUGGAAGGCAGGAGUCUAAGUAUCAUUCCAGCGCUUCAAAGCAGCAAGUGAAAUACUUCCUCCCAGUUUGGAUUAAUACGGGACGUGUCAUCGUGGCUUCCUCUGCUGUCUAGCAUGGAUGGGGUCAUUCCUAAUGCACUACCGACAGGUAGAAGUGUAAAGGAACCCGUCAGCUGUAUUGAAUGGAGUUCGGUUCUCUGGUUUUAGGUACAAAAUAAUGGUACUACUGAGAUGGAGAAAAAGGAGUAAGGCCGUAUCUAUCAUCCCUCUGGAACGCAGCUCAGGAAGCAAAUGAGGGAUUAUAGAACUUUCUGAAAACACAUAAAUGUUUGGAGUGAAUCCCAGCUCUGCUGCGUUCACUAAGACUACAACUUUGCCUCUUCUGGGUUUGGUGGUGGUUUUUUUUUUUGCUCCAUGAAUGCUAACAGCCCUGAACUUCAGAUCCUAGCGGCAAAUGGGACCUAACUUGUACAAUUGUUUGAGUAGUAGUCUGGCCUGUGGUUUCACUUGCAUUUCUGAAGCAAGUUAACCACAUCACAACCUUGAAGGUGCACGUGAGAAAAGGUUAACUAUGCACUUCCCUAUCAUGUGAACAAAACACCAAACACUCAGCUUGUGAUAUACUUGUCAUCUUCAAGAGGCUUUCGCCCUCUUACACCAAUGCUGAGAUAACAUCAUGCAGGGCUUGUGAAUGAAGUUACACCGGGAGAAGUUUCAAGGAAAUUUAAGCAACGUCAGAGAUGACAAGCAGUUCUCAGAUGGGUAGCUGAGUUCAAAUAACAUCUGAUGUGUUUUAUGCACUGCGUUAUUGCUCAGCAGAGGCCUCAGGAUCCACUCUGAAUUUUUACCUCCAGCAAUCACUCUGCCUCUGGACUAGGAGAGAGGUCAUUGGUAGGUCACUGCCAGAAGGCUUAAAUUGCAGUGGCCUGCCCAAAAGGCUGGAGUUUAUAGUACUCCAAGUCACUUAACCUUCACAAGCAUAAAUAUUUAUCCACAGAUUAUAUAGCGUACUAUUAUUGGAAUUUCACCCUUGAAUAUAUAACAGCUGCUGUGUUGCGUGCAGUGCUCUGGUGCUUAGAGCACGAGCAUCGCGACCAGAGAGCUGUAAUAAUACUUGUUUUCCUAAAUAAUGUCACAAGGGUAAAAAUGCCUUAACUUUACCUGAUUCCAGCAGUAACAGAUGGGUAGGAAAAGAAUCUGGACAUGGGACCUUAUGAAGCUGAAUGGUCACUAAAGCAGUCUCGGGGAAGAAAGUGUCAGAGCGAGGAACAUUAGCCUGGUAAAUGAAACGCAGGAGCAGACAGCUUGAAGCUCACCUUAGUCUCCUGACAGCUAGGCUACUGAAGCAGCCUGCAUUAGAGCUCCAAAACACAUUAUGUGACAAGGGAGGGCUUGCUAAGUCCACCAGCAUCUUUAAGCAAGUUCCUCAAAUGUUUUUAAGGAUUUGGCAUUUCCUAAGCGUUAUGUAGAAAUGUAACUUGUCAUGAACCGUGCUUUCUUUCCUGGAGCUACUCUUAGAAACUUGGCAUUUAUUUACAAUCUGUGUGGUAGGGGAAAAGCAGCAAUACUUACUGUUAAAGCUGAGAAAUAAACAUCUCAACGUCUCAA